CUGCCUCCUCGGGAAGGGUGUUUAGAGGGCAGCGGCCGCCCCAAGCCGAAGCCCCGCAGCGCUUCUUAUGAUCAGCUCGGUGUGUGUCUCCUCCUACCGUGGGCGCAAGUCGGGGAACAAGCCUCCGUCCAAAACAUGUCUGAAGGAGGAGAUGGCCAAGGGCGAGGCGUCGGAGAAGAUCAUCAUCAACGUGGGCGGCACGCGACAUGAGACCUACCGCAGCACCCUGCGCACCCUACCGGGCACCCGCCUCGCCUGGCUGGCCGAUCCCGACGGCGGGGGCCGGCCCGAGUCUGAUGGCGGCGGUGCGGGCAGCAGCGGCAGCAGCGGCGGCGGGAGCUGCGAGUUCUUCUUCGACCGGCACCCGGGUGUCUUUGCUUACGUGCUCAACUACUACCGCACCGGCAAGCUGCACUGCCCCGCCGACGUGUGCGGGCCGCUCUUCGAGGAGGAGCUCACCUUCUGGGGCAUCGACGAGACCGAUGUGGAGCCCUGCUGCUGGAUGACCUACCGCCAGCACCGCGACGCCGAGGAGGCGCUCGAUAUCUUCGAGAGCCCGGACGGAGGCGGCGGUGGCGCGGGGACGGGCGACGAGGCCGGCGACGAGGAGCGCGAGCUGGCCCUGCAGCGCCUGGGGCCCCACGAGGGAGGUGCGGGCCCCGGCGCCGGGUCCGGGGGCUGCCGUGGCUGGCAGCCCCGCAUGUGGGCGCUCUUCGAGGAUCCCUACUCCUCCCGGGCGGCCAGGGUGGUGGCCUUCGCCUCUCUCUUCUUCAUCUUGGUCUCCAUCACCACCUUCUGCCUGGAGACCCACGAGGCCUUUAACAUCGACCGCAACGUGACCGAGAUCCACCGGGUAGGGAACACCACCAGCGUGCACUUUCGGCGGGAGGUGGAGACAGAGCCCAUCCUGACGUACAUCGAGGGGGUGUGCGUGCUGUGGUUCACGCUGGAGUUCCUGGUGCGCAUCGUGUGCUGCCCGGACACGCUGGACUUCGUCAAGAACCUACUCAACAUCAUCGACUUCGUGGCCAUCCUGCCCUUCUACCUGGAGGUGGGGCUGAGCGGCCUGUCCUCCAAGGCAGCCCGAGAUGUGCUGGGCUUCCUGCGCGUCGUCCGCUUUGUGCGUAUCUUGCGCAUCUUCAAGCUCACGCGCCACUUCGUGGGCCUGCGCGUGCUAGGCCACACCCUGCGCGCCAGCACCAACGAGUUCCUGCUGCUCAUCAUCUUCCUGGCGCUGGGGGUGCUAAUCUUCGCCACCAUGAUCUACUAUGCUGAGCGCAUUGGCGCCAGGCCCUCCGACCCGCGGGGCAAUGACCACACCGACUUCAAGAACAUCCCCAUUGGCUUCUGGUGGGCUGUGGUCACCAUGACGACACUGGGCUAUGGGGACAUGUAUCCCAAGACCUGGUCAGGCAUGCUGGUGGGGGCGCUGUGUGCCCUGGCUGGUGUACUCACCAUCGCCAUGCCUGUGCCGGUCAUUGUCAACAACUUCGGCAUGUACUACUCCCUGGCCAUGGCCAAGCAGAAGCUGCCUAAGAAAAGAAAGAAGCAUGUGCCCCGGCCGCCCCAUCUUGAGUCACCCAUCUACUGUAAGUCUGAGGAGACUUCGCCCCGGGACAGCACCUACAGUGACACCAGUCCCCCUGCCCCAGAAGAGGGUAUGGUUGAGAGGAAACGGGCAGACUCCAAGCAGAACGGUGAUGCCAAUGCGGUGCUGUCAGAUGAGGAGGGAGCUGGCCUCACCCAGCCCCUGGCCUCUGCCCCCACCCCUGAGGAGCGCCGGGCCCUGCGACGCUCUGGCCCCCGAGACAAAAACAAGAAGGCAGCCGCCUGCUUCCUGCUCAGCGCCGGGGACUAUGCCUGUGCCGAUGGUAGUGUCCGGAAAGAAGGCAAUGUUGAGCUGAAAGCGUGCGUCCCAGUGUCUCACACCUGUGCUCUUUAAACACAGAGACCUGCCGAGACGCCCUCUCGCCCAGCUAUGCCCAGGCUGAAGUCCUCACCCUCUCUUAAGCGGCACCAACGUGAGAGAGGCAGGCAGACAGACAGAAAGCCAAGGCUUAGGGAAACUCUGGAACCCUGGCAAGAAUCUUUCGCUGAGAAAGACUCAGAGAUCCUUGUUUGCCCAGGACUGAUGGAAAACCUCCCAUGUGACCCUCUGGGCCCAGAGCCAUCUGGGCCUGAUGUUCUGUUCUGUUGUACAUUGAAGAUAUAUAUAUGCACAUAUAGCAUCUAUAUUCAUACAUACUAUAUUCUCGUGUGUAGUGCACGUGCUUUUGGUGGUCUGUCUUCUUUGUCAGACUGUGUCUCCCCCAGCCCAGGCCCCACCCCCAGGCCCCCCGACCUUCAUCCCCUUCCCCUUCACUGACUCCUUAUUUCUGCUGGACACGUAUGUGGAAUGUCCCAGGAAAAGAGUGUCUGGGAACAGCCAGUCCCACUGGGGGGGAUCCCAGGCUAGACUUGCCCUCUUGGGGUGGUGUCUCCUGUGGCUUGUGGUCUGUGGAAGGCCUGCUUUCCCCCCAGGGCCACUUCCCCACUAGCCCCAUCCCACCCCAUAUUGGGGUUCUACCUCCCACCCUCGCCUCAGUUUGGGGGGGGACUUCCAGGGGCUCCUUGGCUGCUCCUUCCACUCCUUCCUCCUCCUUACCUCUGUCCUGGACUGAGGGGGGCGUUUUGUCUUUUUUUUUUUAUUUGGGAGUUUUUGUUCUGUCCCCUUCGUCCAUUUGUUUUCAAAGAUGCUGCUGGGCAGACGGGCAGGGAAGAGGUCUGUCUGCCCAUCCAGCUCAGGGGUCUGAGAAGGGGACGCCUCGGGCGAGUGGAGACCAGUUGCAAUACUGUACUUCCUGGCCGGUGGCCAGAGGACCGUGCAAUAGCAGAGGCCGGGUGACCCCUUCGACCUUGGCCUCUGCCCCUCCCGCGGCCCUCCCUCCCCACUCCACGCCCCCCACCUCCCACGCUGUCCCUUCCUAGUGUUGGUCAGUCCUUUUCUAGAGCUGUCCCGUCGUGUGUGUCUGAGGCAUGCCGAGGCUGGGCCCUGCCACCCUGUCUGGAUGUCCCCCACUGUCAUGCCGUGCUCGAGCCCCAAUAAAAACAUCUGGAGCGUCCUGCUGCUCCUGCCUGA